AUGUCAGGUGGCCACGCUCCGUGGGUCAACGACUGGGGCAAUCGACCGGGCAGAGAGAAUGGUGAUUGGAGAGCCAGUCACUGGGGUGCUAGCUACAUGACGACGAGCGGCCCGGAGCCGGACCAGUCACAAGGGGCAGGUCGACUGCUUGGGGAAGAGGACAGUCGACGGACGACCGCUGAGGCGGUCGCUGGAGCGGAUCACUCGACAUCGGUGCCUACUACAAGAUUGGCGACGGCGGGCGGCGGACCUGGUGAGGCUGAGGCUUCGGAUCCUUGGCUGGCGGCGGCCAGGCAGCUGGUCUCAACCGCCACACAUCGUGUGCCGGAAGGCCCGGCAAGUGUGGCAGCAACUUGGGGCUCAGGUGGAGCAAGCUCGUCAGCGCAAGGCCCCGCAGUGGGACAGGACGCGUCGGCGCUGAUGGACCUCGACUACAGGCCAUGCCUCCUCCAGGACUGGGCGGAGGACCAGACCUUCUUCGGGCUCCUGGCUGGCUUCUACCACCAGGACCAGAUUCCCUUCCUCAUCGAUUACCAGAUUAUGCGCGACCACCUCAUGGAUGCGGCGUGCCUCCUGGACCAGGUGCCUCCGGAGGGGGGGCCCCAGUCCUGGGAGGACCUGGAAGCGGUGAACCUCCAUGGAUGGAUCUCAGAGCGCCGUCGGCUUGGAAUCCUCACGUCGGCGGCAACAACGAUGGCCAGGGCGCUGGAGGUCGGCCUUGGUGGAACGGAUGGGAUUGGCUGGACCUACCGAAGACAGUGGGUCACCGCCGUCCGAAGGUGGAACAAGCAGACCGACGUCCCAGUGUUCAGGAGAGCCGAGAAGGUGUUGCGGACACUGGGGUGGGAGCAGCAGGUGGACUUUGAGCACCUGACCGAGCAGCAGCUGGGCUCUGACCUCUACUUGGAGUACAUCUUGCAAGUCAUCGAGUUGAAGGCCGGUGUCAGGGAGGACGAUGAACGUCGACAAGCCUACCGGGCGGUGAUGCACGAGUGCAGUCGAAAACGAGAUGAGACGCUGGCGCAGUACUCUAUGCGGCGGCUGCGGGACUUCACGAAGGCGGCGGCCGUCGGGAUCCAGUUGCCGGACGAGUUCAAGGCAACGAUGCUUCGCGAAGGAGCAGGGCUUUCGGACCAGGGGCUGCAGAACUUGACGGCUCUGAUGCAAGGCCGAGAUCACGAUCUGGACCGCUUGGCUACCACCUUGGCCAGGAUGGACGCCCGAGCAGACAGGCUGGUUGGUUUCGUGGAACAAGAAGAACGGCUCGGGGGCGUUCGCGGCGAGGACGAAUCCUUCCUCGAGGGCCACUCGGAGGAAGAGGAGGCAGAGGGCGACCUGGAAGAGUUCACCGAGGAUGAGCACGUGCUGAGCGAGCUGAUGGACAUGAGUUUCUCGGAGGAGCAGGCCGCCCUGGUGUUCGCGAUCGUGGAGAACAGGCCUCCCCAUCGACGAAGGACGUGGAAGGAGAACAAGAAGUUCAAAGCGGAACUGCGAAAGGACCGGAACAGCUUUGUGAAGGGAGCUGAGGGCCCUCCCCGGAGCAACGGCCAAAAGCCCCGCUACAGCAAGGAACAGCUCAAGAAGAUCUCCAAGUGCAGGAACUGCGGCCGCCGGGGACACUGGGCGGAGGAUUGUCGUCAACCGAAGGGCUCCACCCCCUCUGAGAAUGGCAAGGUCACGGGGUUCUGCUACCUAGGGGACUCUCGAGACCGUCAUGUGUCCUUCACCUUCGCGGCAACGGAGUCCGUGAGCAUGGCUGGAUCGCUUGAGAGUUGGUGUCUGCUAACGAUCCCUUCCGGUUUGGCGAUCUUGGACAUUGGCGCUACGCAGGACAUCAUCGGCAAGGACGCUUUGGUCGAGCUGGAGAACGAGCUCGAGAAGUGCGGGCUGCGGGCCAUCGAGAUCCCCGACAACGUGGCUAUCCCAACGGGAAUCGGAGGCCAGGCAAAGGUGGACAAAGUGGUCCUCGUACCGAUCGCCCCGGGAGGGAUCCCGGGGGUGGUCAAGUUCGUGGUCUUGGAGAAUAACGUGCCGCCCCUCCUUUCAGUCGGUCUACUUACUCACCUCGGCGCAAGUCUCGACCUCCAGACCGACGUCAUCAGCUUCAAGAAGAUCGGAGUGAGCAUGAAGAUGCAGCAGCUUCCCUCCGGCCACAGAGCCAUUCCCCUUGUGCAGUGGAGCGGUGAACAUUUUCCGGUUCCAGCGGCUGCCAAGCGGCAGUACCAGUUGUCCGACGACGCCUUUAUGAAGGAGCAUGUCCCCGUGGCGUACACAAAGAGAAAGGCCCCGUCUCGCUCGACGGAAGGCGCGCGGAGUUCAGUGAACCAGAGCCGAUGGCGCGGAAUUCUUCUGCGCAUGUUCCAAAUGUUGGAGACCGUGAGAGUGGGCUACAUGCGACUCGCAGAGGCGGAGACCCAGCAGAAGAGCAUCGUGUCCAAGCGCAAGAAGUACUUGACAGCGGACUCCCAGGAACCCGACACGUGCCUUCAUCCCGGACAGCACAUCAGGAGGUCGAACCAGUACGCCGUGUGGACAGUGUGCCCGAAGUGCUCGGCAAGGACCAGCUACGUCUCCAAGUACGUGCCGCGAUCCAAGGCGAAGGCUCGGGCCCGGGCUCGGGAUCCCAACGGCACCGCUGGCUAUCCCGUGGUGAGCACGACAACCACGACCUCUUCGGGAACCCAGGAGAGAGCCGCCAGGAACGGGCCCCCAACGGAGUCAGUUCCCAUCGAGUUGAACCACACCCUGCAGACGAUGAUGGCGGGCUUCCAGGACAUCGGCGCCUCUUUGCGGGCUCUGGCACAGGGUCAGGGACAGAUGCUGAUCAUGCUCCAGAAAGGACAACAGUUGGACUUGUCGAACAUGACGCCCACGCAGGUUGCCGAAGCUGUCAAUCGCACCGUGAACCAGGAGAUGCAGGAGAUGUUGGUGGACGAGACGGGCAGCAGCCCAGGGACCUGGUCACCGGUAUCUCCCAUGAGCAAUCCCAACGAGCGAGACCUGCCGGCGUCAACUGGUCAUGGUGGAAACCCCUCUUGCUGGUUCGUUAAGAGGGAUUGGAGCAUGAAAGAGCCAGAGGAGAGACCUGCCUGGCUGCGAGUGCCAUGGGUCCAAGCCAUGACCUUUGAUGAAGCCGUGGACAAAGAUCUGCAAUGUCUGUGGCAUGUGACAAGGGAAGACGGCGAUGUCUACAGCAAGGGCCCUGGUCCCCCCGAGCCCGGUGGUUCCUCGUCCUGGACAUGGGCAUGUUCCCGAGGCGAGCGUGUCUUACAAGAUGCCUGGGAUAGAAUCACGGCACCCCUUGGACUCGGAGUCGACGGCCAGCGAUCUCAUGUGGGACCCUAUUGGAUGGUGCACGCCCCGGGUCUGGACGAAGAAGGCAAUCUGCUGUCGUCGUGGGAGAAGAGCGAAGCCGAGGCGGCCGCGUUGCGCCUCGCCAGGACCAAGUGCCUCGAGACGAACCCGGACAAGAUCGACUACGUCAACCUCUUUCACCAGGCUGCCUCCACGGAACGUGUUCGAGAUUGCGGAGGACUUGUGGCAUCCUCACAUGAGAGGUUCACUCGGGAAGACGGGUGGAAGAUUGAGAACAAGGAGCAUCGGGCUCGGCUCAGAAAGUUUUUAGACCGCCGACAGCCGGAGAUGGUCUUCGUUGCCAUGCCCAAGGUUCAUCACCUGUCCUACGGAAGCAACGUGAAGCAGUCGUUGUAUGAAGACAUGGCAUGGGAGGUGGCGGCUCAACAAGAUCGAGAAGGGCGCAGCUACCUCGUGCAAGGAAAGCGUUCCUCACCCAUGUGGCAGAGAUCCUCGUGGAGAGCACUGCUGGAAGAUCCCAAGACGAUGGUGGUGUCCGGCAAGGAGCUGAAGUGGGUCACCAACGAUCCAGCGAGGGCCGACCGUAUCCUGAAGGAGAAGGACGACCUAGAAAGCGAACCCGACAAGGCUCCCCAGGUCAGUUACCACCAAGCGCCCAGCGAGCGGAAAUCGUCAAUCGGAGAGAACAUUGCGAAGCAGCUACUGGAACAGCAGGAUUUUUCACUGCCGGCGUGCCUGAAGUUGCUGAAGGCUGUGGAAUGGCCGGGGAAGUCGAGAAGGAGAUCUUCAUCCGGAAACAAUGAGGCGGUGCUCCUCGGGCAGUUCUCCCACGGCAAGUUCUCCGGAAUCACGCGCGCCACAAGAGAGUUUCCCUCGGUGACGCAGUACGUCAACGAGUUCAUGCGCCGACGAGGAGCCCUUCUUCCGAGAUCGUCCAUCAUGAUCACGAGGAACAACGCCUAUGGGUACCAUCGGGACAGUCACAACAUCGGGGAGAACCAGACCAUGGGCCUAGGGGAAUACUCCGGGGGUGAGGUCUGGAUUGAGGACGAGAAGGGCAAGCAGAGACGCCGAAUGCCCCACGGGACCUUCGUCAACGGAAGAGUGGUCAAGACAAAGAACCGAAUCGUCACCUUCAACGCGAAGAACUGGCAUGGAGUCGAACCCUGGCGAGGAGAUCGGUGGUCCAUCAACGUAUUCAAGACCCGAUCAGCGGCCAAUCUAUCACAAGGCUACUCCGAACCGAGCGCUCCCAAGAAGAUGGCUGACGUGCUGGUCCCCAGCUGGUGGUUCUCUCCUGAGAACUCCGGAGGCAAGUCCUUCCCCACUCUGUCGCUCGACGAAGAGGAAGACGACACCACGCCGGCUGCGAUCGAGACGACAGGCCACGAGAAGAAGAUCACCGAGGAGCAGAAGGCGCUGGUGAAAAAGGUGCACGUCAACACGGGACACCCGCCUCGGGACCGUAUGUUGCGGACAUUUAGAGCGGCGGGAGCCAAGGCCGAGGUUCUCAAGUACAUCCGGGACGAGUUCGCCUGCGACCACUGCAUCAUCAAGCGUGGCCCAGACCAUCGCAGGAAGGCGCAGUGUCCUCGAAUCUUCACGUUCAAUCGUGUGGUCUCCGUUGACGUGUUCUACAUCCACUUCCAGGACCGAUCCAUCCCCGUGCUCAACAUGGUUUGUCAUGGAACUGGGUAUCAGAUUGCCCAAAGGAUCACUGGAUCUGGUGAUGGGGCACCCACGGCAGCAGCCACUUGGAGUGCUCUGCUGACUACAUGGGCCAGGUUUCUCGGACCGCCGGCUCUGCUCAUCACCGACGGCGGCAAGGAGUUUCAGGGAGUAUUUGAACGUGGCCUGGAACAGCUGGGAACACUUCAGCACGUUACGGCUCCUGAAUCCCCGUGGCAAAACUCGCGGGCCGAAAGGCAUGGGGGGUGGCUGAAGCACAAGCUGCAGCAGGAGAUCGAGUCCGGACAAUGCACUCUUAGCUCGGAGAGUGAAUUCGACGACUUCAUGGCCUCGCUGGUGGCGGCGAAGAACCGAUGGCACAACGCUGGCGGCUACACCCCCACGCAGCUAGUCUUUGGUGAGCUGCCCAGGAUCCCUGGGGAGCUUCUGGCGGAGGAUUCCGGCGGAAUGGUUCCUCUGUCCGACGCCUACCACGAUGCAGCAGGUCUGGACGCAGUCGGGGUCGAGUUUCGGAAGAGACAAGAGAUUCGAGAGAGAGCCAAGCAGCUUGCAAUGCAGGCCACCAGCAAAGAAGCGAUCGUCCGAGCCACCAAGACGUCCAGCACUCCACUCCGACAGUGGAAUGCGGGACAGUGGGUGUACUGCUUCAGGCGUGGGAAGGCGGGAGACACGCUACAUCCGGUGCCGAGAUGGGUGGGUCCCGGAAUGGUCGUCCUGUCGUCCAGGUCCAUCGUCUGGGUGGCAAUGAGAUCGCGACUGUGGAGAUGCACCCCUGAACAACUGAGGCCGGCCUUUCCCUCGGAGGUUCUAGGCAGAGAGCUUGCCUCGGACCCGGAGCUGGCGGAUCUUCUGAGACGUGUUGUCUCCGGAGGACAAACUGAGGCGGUGGAUGUGACCAGGGAACGGCCCCCAGCACAAACAGACCAACUGAUGCCGGUGCAGGAAGAGUGCGAGGGCAUCCCAGUAUCCGCCGAGAGACCGACCGAAGCAGAACUUCAUCGGCAAACUUUGCGAGGGGAAGAAGCCAUUCCGGUUCCCCCCGGCAUCAUACCUGAAGUGCAUGGACAGAGUGAUCGGCACGAAGACGAGCCCGCCGGCCACGAGGGUCGCAUGAGACGCCAGGUGUCGACUUCUACCGGAUCUCGAAGGUCAUCCGUGCAAGAGCCAGCACAGGAGCCGGAAGCCACGGGGGGCUUGCAACCCGUACCUGAGCAUGAAGAGCUUCAUCCACCCUACGAUCAUGAAGAUCACGGUGCAGGAGUGAACGUCAGGGAAAGGUCUCCUCCGGCUGAGGAAAGGGCAUUCAAGGCACUUCGUGUUGGAGAGCCUCGGGAAGAGAGCGGAAGUCGUGCCGCUAGUCCUACAGAGCAACCUUCGUCCAGCAACAGAGCUCCAGGAACGCCCAUCUCCAGACUCCUAGACGCUGUUCGUCGAGGAAGAGACCAAGCAGAUCCUGGUUCGGCCACGGUCGAGGAAGACAGCGACGCAGAGGGAAUGGUGAGCUGGUAUUCCUUCAACGAGGAUGGCGGCUUGACGCUGGUGGCAAGCAGGUCAGAUGAGAUCGACGUCAAGAAGCUUUCCGAAGACGAGCAGAAGAUGUUCGAGCAGAGCGACGAGAUGGAGUGGUCGGCGAUAUUGAAGACGAAAGCCGUGAGGGUCAUCGUCGGACAAGAAGCUGCCACGAUGCGGAAAAGAUAUCCCGAGAGAGUGCUCAACUCUAGGAUGGUGCGUCGGCGAAAACCACAGCCUGGAGAAGGGAGUUGGAAAGCCAAAUCCAGGUGGUGUCUGGCUGGACAUGGAGAUCCAGAUACGGCAGAACUCACAACGUUCGCUCCUACUCCGUCGACGGAGGGCAUGAUGGCCUUCAUGCAAGCAGGAAUCAACAUGGGCCACCACUUCAUCUUCUCGGACGUCAAGAACGCCUUCUGCCAAUCAGACAAGCUGCACAGGCCUCGAGGGCCCAUAUUCGCAGAACCCUGCGAAGGGCUCAAGCUUCCGGCGGGGUCGCUCAUAGUCAUCGAAGUUCCGGUUUACGGACUGGAUGAUGCGCCAGCUGCCUGGAGGAACACCGUCACCAAGUACUUGGCGGACAAUGGAUUCGUCAGAAACCUGGUGGAGCCAUGCUGGUGGAUGAGGUUCAACGAACAGGGCACGAACGAGGCUCAGAUACUGAUCGAGGUAGACGACUUCAUCAUUAGCGCGCUCCCCGAGAUGAAAAAGCAGAUUAAGGAGCUCCUACACGCCCGGUUCAAGUUCGGCAAGUGGGAAGAGGACGAGGCUGAGUACGCUGGGAGGAGGAUUCGGACCAGCUCCGAUCGCAUCCUGGUGGACCAAGAGAAGUACAUCAAGGAGCAGAUUUUCCCCGUCCCGAUUUCAAAGAGCCGCAAAGGAGACAAAAGCGUCCCCCUCACAAUGGAAGAGUUCAAGAACUUUCGCAGUGCCAUCUACAAAAUCAACUGGGUGGCGAAGGAGACGCGGCCUGAGGUCAGUGGUACGGCGUCGCUCAUGGCGAGCAAGUUGACCAACGCUACCAUCGACGAUGUGAUGGUCGUCAACAAGACCAUCAAUUACUUGAGAAACACGGCGUCGAGGCCCCUCGUGAUAUGGAAGUUCCACCCCUCCAACAUGGCCUUCAUCGCCGUGUCCGACGCUGGUGGAGUGGGUCAGAAGUACGACUCCCUGGAUGAGGAGGGACUCCCAACGGAUGGCACUCAAGGAGCAUGGAUGGUGAUGGCGGCGGAAUGUCUUCCGAUCGGAAACCAGAGGGUCAAGGCCACUCCUCUGGCAUGGAGAUCGAGUCGGCUCAAGCGGAAGGUGUUCAGUACCUUCGGGGGCGAGACCCAGGCGAUGCUGCAGGCGAUCAACGAGGUCGACUGGCUCCAGAUCAUGAUGAGGGACGCCGUCCAGCACGACAUCGAGCUCAACAAGUGGAGGAAUUCCCUUUCGCCUCACUUGCUGAUCAUGAAGGGCGACAUGCGUGCGACGAAGCAACCGCAAUGCUCCGUCACCGAUGCCAAGAGUCUUUAUGAUUGCAUCAUGAAAGAGCAUCCUCAAGGACGACAAGACAGGAAGUCCGCCCUAGAACUGGCAAUCAUAGUGAAGGACCUCCAGAGCUCACAGUCCAUGGUUCGGUGGAUUCCCCACCAGAAAAUGAUCGUCGACGCACUCACCAAGGCGGACCCGGCCAAGAGCAAUGGGGCGAUGGACAUGUACCUCCGAUCCGGUACUUUGAGCCUCGUGGACGUUGCGGCCGAGCUGUCAUGUCGAGCUGCGGACGCGAAGUACAAGAACCGAAGCCAUGCGGCCUCCGUAGCACGUUUAGUCAAGGAAUACCAGCAAGCUGCUAUGAUGAGCAUCGCCGCGGAGAGUGGUCAGAUGAGCGAGGAGGAGAUCACAGCCUGCACAAAGGUGGCCGAGCCGGCGCAGACAGCAGUGGUGGCCGCCCUGCGCGAAGUGGAGGUUCGGCUGAAGUCAGCAACGCUCUCCAUGAAGGAGGAGCUCGUGGCGCUGAAGGACCGAGGCAUGGAGAUGAAGAAGAAAUGCGAGACCGUCGCCGCCACCAUGAGAAAUCAACGGCAAGGCAUCUCGGCGGCACAGAUGGCUGCGACGAUCUCGGAGAAGGUGGCUUUGGCCGAGGAGGGCCUCGCAGCGUGCCAGGAUGCAGAAAUGCCUUUCCUGAAAGGGAUCGAGGUACUGCCUGCGGAGGAGUCGACCAAGGCCAUCAGCGACUGUGAAAGCGCAUCGACCAAAGCAGAGUUGGCGUUGAACCAGGCGCGCGGCCUCAUCCGCCAGAAGCAGACCGAUGCAAAGAAGUUCCCCAAGGAGCUGCAAGAGAAGGCUUUGGCAGAGCUGAGCCAGCUCAGCCAGCGUGCAGAGGCUUGCGGCAAGAAAGUCGCUGACUUCAAGAAGGAGACAGCGGAACGAAAGCUGAACGCCCUGAUGGCCGAGGUUAUGGAGUCCCUGAAAGCCGCGGAGACGAAAGUCCAAGAUCAUGCGGAGGUGGCCAAAGUCUUCUCCGACGACUUGAACCAUGUCACUGAGGAGGCCGUCAAGGAAGCCAUGGAGAAGGUGGGUGCCGCGGAGAAGGAGGCCUUGGAUGUGCUCACCGAGGCACGUAAGCAGCUCACGGCCAAGCAGAAGGACGUCAAGGGGCCAGCGGCCGCAUCGGCCAUGAGCAAGCUCCAGGGUCGGCUGAAGACGGCAGCCGACGAGCUCACCAAAAAUAAGAAGGCCACGACCUUCGGCGAUAAGCUGCUCAAGGGCAAAGAGGCCCUGGCAGAGGAGGUGGUCAACGUCGAUAAAGCAGAGGCCGAGGUGGCCAAAGCAGAGAAGCUGGCCGAACCCGUGGAGGCCGUGGAGAACCCGACGGACGAGGAGUGCGCGGAGCUGGGUGAUGCCAUCGUCCUUGCACAGAACACCAUCAAAGCCACCACCGGGUCCAUCCAAGCGAACAUGGCCACGCCGGUGCCAUCCAUCAAGGCAGCCUUUUCCAAAGUGGCGGAGAGAAGCAAGAAAGUCCAGGAGAGGCUUGACAAGGUCUUGGCGGGCAAGAAGGGACUUCGUGAGCGCUCGCUGGGCGAGGCGUACGUCCGAGAAGGCAAGAAGAAGACAGAUGCAGUGGACGGCUUCGUCGAGAAGGUGAACGACGCGGAGCUUCCAUUCCUCAAGGGCAUCGAGGUCCUGCCCCUGACCGAGGCGACCUCCACCAUCGAUGCCUCGCAGAAGGCAGCGACUGAUCUGCAAAACGCCAUCUCGGAGGCACGUAACUUCAUUGCAGCGAAGAACGUGGAGCUGAAGGGCUUCUCUGACAAGGAGAAGACCAAGCCAUUGAUCGAGGAGCUCACGUCCCUGACCGGCCGCAUCAAUGCGGCGGCCACAAAGCUUGCCUCGUUCAGAAAGGACACCGACACCCGGAAGAAGAACGCCUUGCUGCAGGAGGCAGGUGAGAAGAUCGCCCACGCAGAGAAGCAGGUGGAGAUGGUCACAGAGGCUGCGGCGCCGCUCACUGACGAGGCUGCGGAAGAGAUGACGGCGGAUGAGGCUGCCAAUAUCUGCGAGAAGGCCGGCGCCCAGGCAAAGGCAGCACAGGCAGCUGUGGAUGAGUCAAGGACUUUCUUGUCGGCCAGGACCCAGGAGAACAAGGGCAAUCCUGGCAAUGCUGAGACGAUCAAGAGUUUACAGACCCGGCUCAACACGGCGGGCACCGCGUUGUCCAAAGCCAAGAAGGUGGUCUCCAAUCAGGAGCACAAGUUCGUUGCCAAGAAGCUGCUCCAUGAGGUUGAGGAGAUGCUGGGCAGCCUUGAGGCAGAGGUGAAGGCGGCCGAGGAGGUGUGCGCACCGUUGCUGGACGGUGGCGGGGUGCAGUUCCUGGUUGCUGGCAGCCUCAAGACCCUUGCGGGCGCCCUCCGUAGCUACAUGAAGGACAAAGGCCUCGAUACUUCCGCCCUGUUCACGGAGGCCAGUGGUGGCAACCGGCCAAUCAGCAAAGAGGACUUCCUGUCCUACCUGCAGAAGCUGCCACAGGCCAUCGACCGACCCGAAGUGGAGUUCACGGAGGCCCAAUUUUGCCGAAUGUCCGGGGAAGGGAAGGGCAAAGGCUGGGGGAAGCGGCGCGAUGACACAGGCGCCGAAGAGAAGAUCCACCAGUACCGGCACUCGCUAGAGAGCGGCUACAAUGCCAACGACCAGAGUGACGGGGUUCUAAAGAGCGUCGAGAUGGACGCUCUCGUCUUCCUGCAGAUCAUGAAGCACUGCAGGCAGCAUGCGCCGCAGCCCGUCACAGGCCCUCAAACCCUCCACGCCCCAAAUUCCGCGCAUGUGCGGCGGCACUCUGGCUGCUGCGUCAUGGCAAGCAGCGACGCCGGGGCUGGCGACUGCGCAGGGUCCGAUGAGGCGGACGAGGAGCCGCUUCGCCGGGUCUUCGUCCGCUGUCUGCUAGAUGUAUCUGUUUUCAUCAUGCUGAUGCUCCCCGUGAUCUUCUUGGCCAUCACUGGGAUCUUCGCGCUGGUCCUGGGCCCUGCGGAGGGCUGGAGCGUCCACGAUGCCUUCGGGUUCAUGUGCGCUGGUGUGACUGGGGGCGCCAUCCAGAUCCAGGGCCACGCGCUCUUGCCGAAGUCACACAUCAACAGGAUGGUUGCAGCCCUGCUGGGCUGCUUCGGGGUGGGGCUCUUCGGUUUGGCAAUCGCCGUGCUCAGCGCGCUCGUGCCCAACAGGCUGCUUGCCGCCACCGGCCUCCUCCCAAAGGUGAUCACGCGCCGGUCGCCGCUGCGACUGGCAGCGCUGGUGGUGGUCGUCGUUCUGCUUCAGCUCCUGGUUGCCUGCCUCUUCGGUGCAGUGCUGGCCUUGGUAGAGGGCUGGGACUUCGCAUCUGCGUGGAAAGCAGCCAUUUCCGCGCAGCUUGGUGGGGGCUUGCCUUUGGCGAUUCCCAUUCCAUCCCAGACAUUCAGUGAGCUGGUGCUGGUGGUCACCUCGUGCUGGGCCGUGGGCUUGGUGACCCUGAUCAUCUCUGCAGCCAGCUCGCUUUGUACCAUGCGAGCAUGGAUGAAGCUCAUUCUGUCGAGAUAG